AUGGACCAAUAUCUAAAGCAAUUCCAAAGCACUGAAUUAAUUUAACUCACUGUCUCAGGAGUCAUAGGCUUAAUCAUUUGUUUGAUGGCAUCUGCUAUUGGAAAUGCUGUACUAGUAGAAAUCAGUAUAAAUAUCGUUUUUUCAGCUGUAUUUAUUUCUAAUAUUUUCAAGUAUUUUGGAAUUUGCUUCAUCAUUAUUGGAAUCUUAUUACUCAUGAGAGUAAACAAUUUACCUGAAAAUAGUCAACUCCAAAAAAACAAGAAAUUCCUAUAAUAUUUUGGUAUCAUGGUACUAUCAUCUGGAAUCAUAUGUUUUUGUCUUGAAAGAGAUUGGUAAUAUUUAUCUUACAAUACUCAGGAAUAAAACCAUGGGAUACUAUACCAAAAUUCCAUUAUACAUUGUUUUGGGUGUCUCACUCAACUUUACUCUUAUUUUUGGUUUCGUUGACACCAUUAAUUUUGUUAUUGGUUUAUUCUAAUAAGCUUGGUAACGAACUCUAGUCGAAACACCUAAUCAGAUUAUCAAUGCUCUUUUUAUAAGUACACUUAUAGGUUUCAUCUAUGGAUUGUUCUUUAGCGCAAUGGAUAUUGAAGUAUUUCAAUCUUAGAUUUCUUUAGGAUAUAAGAAAUUUUAAUAAACUAGAAAGUAAAUUGAUUUUUGAAGAAAAAUUGUGUAUGCCUAUUGUAGGACUCUUGGGUUUAAUAGGAGGUGUAGCAAAUGAAUAUCUAAGAAUAAGAGGAGAUAAAUUUAUGCCAUAUACCUUUGAAUAGGUUAAAGAUCCUUUUACAGAAGAAAUUUGA